AAAAGAAAAAAAAAAAAUCAAUUGAACAAUUGAACAAUAAGCGGGUUUUCCAGAAGCCACAUCUCUUCUACAACCAUCACAUGAUUGGAUUACAUUUCCACGUCACUACUUUUUCCCGCUUUUAUUUCAUUUUUAUAUUUUUGGGUUUGGGGUAUCAUAAUCUCUGUACGUUACCAAUCGAUAUCAAAGUCUGCUUCUUCUGGCCAUUAACAUUAUCAUUGAACGUACGGGAUCGAACUAGAACCUUCUUUUCCCUUUCCCUUAUAUAUACGUGAUUUGACUCCAUUUCCAAACUCGCUCUGAUUGUGGUAAAAGCUGAUCGUUAGCUAAUUUAAUUUGUUAGAGAAAAAAAACCGGAAGAAAUCGAGGAAAUGGGGAAAUCAUAUCCGAAAGUAAGCGAGGAAUACCAAAAGGCAGUAGAGAAAUGCAAGAAGAAGCUUCGAGGUUUAAUCGCUGAGAAGAAAUGUGCUCCUAUCAUUCUUCGACUCGCAUGGCACUCGGCUGGAACUUUCGACGUGAAGACGAAGACUGGAGGACCAUUUGGGACGAUAAGGCACCCUGCUGAGCUAGCUCAUGAGGCCAACAAUGGCCUUGAUAUUGCUAUCAAGCUAUUGGAACCCAUUAAGGAAAAGUUUCCUAUUCUUUCAUAUGCAGAUUUUUAUCAGUUGGCUGGAGUUGUUGCUGUUGAAGUUACUGGAGGACCUGAGAUACCUUUCCACCCAGGAAGACCGGAUAAGCAAGAACCGUCCCCAGAAGGUCGCUUGCCGAAUGCCACCAAAGGUUCUGAUCACUUGAGGGAUGUAUUUGGCCACAUGGGUCUUAGUGAUCAGGAUAUUGUUGCCUUAUCUGGAGGUCACACCUUGGGUAGGUGCCACAAAGAACGCUCUGGAUUUGAAGGACCCUGGACAAACAACCCUCUAAUUUUCGAUAACUCUUAUUUCAAAGAGCUUCUUAGUGGAGAGAAAGAAAGCCUUAUUCAGCUUCCAUCAGAUAAGGCUCUCUUGGAGGAUCCCGUAUUUCGUCCUCUUGUAGAAAAAUAUGCUCAGGAUGAGGAUGCAUUCUUUUCUGAUUACGCUGAGGCUCAUUUGAAGUUAUCAGAGCUUGGAUUUGCUGAUGCCUGAAGCUCAGUAGUAAGAGCAUAGGAAUGCAGCAGUGCUACCUGGAGUAGUGCUGAGUGGCGUACGUUCCUUUCAGUAGAAUGCUAAUGUAGCUAAUAAUAUAUCAGAAUAUGUAUGGCAAUCUGGUUUGUCUUUCUAUCUGGUUCCCUUCACUGGAAAGGGAGUUGUAAUAAACAGUUUUAAGAUAAAGUUUUGUAAAAUCUAUUGUGCACCUUUUCUUAUCUUUAAUUAACUAAAAUAUACUCAAUUCAAUCUUAUGUUCCUAACUCAAAAAGCACCUCUCAACAAGUAGUAAUUGAGUUGAGACUUACGGAUGCCAUAAAACGCCUUUCUCCUUCUUUGUGGUCAUGAAUAAACCCAGGCAAAAUAUUUUCGACAAGAAUUGAAAAUAAAUAACAAUGUAGCAUGUACCAAUACUGCAAUGCUAAUUCUUGAUGUACAUGUACAUGGAGCGUAGACAAUUCAUACAUUUGUUUUUCUAAUAGUGAACACCUGUAAAAGGCUCGAACUGGUAUGAGUAAGAGUAUUUACAACAACAUUAAAAUUAAAAAUAAAAAUCAAUAUGAGGAUUAAAGUACCUUCCCAACAAAUUUGAUUUAUGAAAUCUGCUGUCAUAAGAAGAAAACGCAGAUAAGAACUCAAUCAAAACGUAUGAUUGCUUCGGUUUCUAAGAGUAGCAAGCAUUCAAAUAUUCACGAUACUCAUAAACUCAAGGUCCCAACUCCCCAAGCACUCAAUGCAUUGGUGUCUUUUGUGUUUUAGUGACAGAAAGUUUUACCUCAUAGGUGAUGAAGUUCAAGAUACUGGAAAUUUUAUCCAGGCAUUCAACUAAUCUAUUGUUUCUAAUGAUUAGAUUGCAACCCAUUUGAACUUCAUAGUUCAAACAUGUUAUACUCGAAAUGGAUGACUCAAACCUCAAAACUGAAAUGGCACAAUAUAAUCAUAACAGUGACGCAUCAAAUUAUUAAAUACAUGAACAAACAACAGCUACAACAUUUUUUUUGAUAACAAGCUACAACAUUGAACUAUCGCACAAGUCAAUUUUUUUUCCCUCAUGGAAUAGGAUAAAUUUAUCUCAAAGAACUAGAGAUAAAUUAUGUUAUCACUGACCAAACUUGUUCCGGAAUUGGCUUUUCUAAGAGAGAUUCAAGAUAAACGAGGUCGUCCCCUUCCCCUCUUCUUCGGAACCUGGUCCACUUGUGCCGCGGCAGUCCUCCCUGUCUGCGGCUGCGAUGGCGGUGGAGGUGGCGGCCCCGAUGCCUGGAACAUGGGCGGCAUCCAAUUGGGAAAUGCAGCUGGCUCCUUCACUCCACCAUUCUCCGAAUUACCCUUGGCAGCGACGAAGCCAAGUGGGAAAAAAGCUAAGCAACAAUAGUACGCUUCCUGACCGGGGACCAUCGGCGGUAGGGGAUCGACCAGCGGAGCGGCGUGAAACGCUCUCUGGCAUUUCUGGCACUUCAAACAACAAUCCUCAUAAACCCUAGGGUACUCAUACAAAGCGUAGCAGUAUGGACACAAUGUCCAGAAGCUCCGAAGCCUCAGUAGACUCUGGUGCCGCAAAGAAGGCUCCGUCGAGCUCCCGGCGGCGGCGGAGACGGGUGUGAACGGUGUCGAGUUGGUCCUCCGAACGGGCAAUUUGCUCUGCUGCGAAGAGCAGAAAAGGCUUAGGUCAUUAUCGUAUAGGGUUUUCUUGGCGGGAUCAGACAAGACGGCCCAGGCUUGGGCGACGAGUUUGAAGGAGUGAUCGGCGAAAGAGUAGCUGUUUUUGUCAGGAUGGAGGAGGAGGGCAAGGCGUCGAUACUGCUUCUUGAUGAGAUCGUGGUCGUCAGAUCGGGAAUCGAGCUGGAGAAUGGCGUACCAAUCGUGUUUGGUGUUGUUGAUGAUGCGCUUCUGGGAGGCGAGGAGGACGUCGACGAUGGCCAAGAUCUGAUCGGAGCCGUCGAGGAGUGGCUCGGUUUCUUGGGCCAAAACAGCGAACUCUCUGGAGCCGUUCAGAUCUCGGUUCUGCAAAAGUUUUUCCGAUAUUCCAAGCAAUCUUUCCGCCUCCGCUCGAUUUCUACUUGCUUCUUCCAUUCUUGUUUUUCUCUUUCUGCUACACCAAAUUUACUAUC